AAUUAGGGAUACUGCAUAAGAUGGUUGGCGCCCUUUGUAUUUUUUUGGAUAUAAGCCGGCUUGUCCGCUGCGGUUUGUCCAGCGGUUUGUCCAAACACCAACUCUUGUUCCAUUGCCUAGGAGGAAGAGGCCAUAACACAAGGUCAAUGAAGCUAUGAAGCUCUUCUCUCCAAAGGCCAAUGAAGAACGCGGGAUCUUUGCUGAGCCUGAAUUCUUCUUCGAUUAUAUUUGCAACGUAUGAAAGUAGGAGAGGACUCUCCUUCUUUGAGCUACUGAUCUCGAAUGUUGGCACCAAAACAUUUCCUCCUGAGAGGCCAUGUUUUCUAAGUUUGUUUCUACUUCAUGUGUGUCAUUGCAUGCAUUUGGAUGCUGGGGUUAUGUCAACGGAACGUCUUUCCGUUUCGUAAUCUACGUGCGGUGCACCGAUUGGUCUUGAAAGAAUGUUCCGUGAUCGUGCUGUCCAGCCGAUCCUUCCCUAGUAAAAUAUUGGGCUUCCCGGCGGACCAAACGAUCAAUAGGCGAGCUCCUAAAAGUUCUCUCCUUUGCCUCCACUUCUCCUCCGAUUCCUCGUCCCCCAAACCUUCAUCCCUCCAUCCCUCCUCGCCCCGAUCCGUGAUCCCCCCACGGCGCGAUCCGCCGCGGAGAUCUCCUGAAGGUAACCGCAUCAACCCUCGUCCUUAUCUCCACCCGUUCUUCGAUUUGGCUGUAGAUUUUGAGCUCCUUUCGAUCCGAUCUCCCCGAGGCUUGGACAUGGCGGAAGGCGAAAGCUCGUCACCCGGCUCCUCCGCUGAGAAUGAGAACCCUCACCCGGAUCCGAGCCCCCCGUCGUCGGACUCCGCGCCGCCGCCAGCGGCGGCGGAGGCCGACAGUGCGAUCGAGACGCUCGCCCGGAGGGUCCAGGAGACCCUCUCCCUCGGGAGGCGGCACCGGUUCUGGGAGACCCAGCCGGUGGGCCAGUUCAAGGAUCUCGGCGACCCCAGCCUCCCCGAGGGCCCGAUCGAGCCCCCGAUGCUGCUGUCCGAUGUCAGGCCAGAGCCCUACAACCUCCCCGCACAGUACGAGUGGACCACCUGCGACGUGGACGACGAGCAGACCUGCGGCGAGGUCUACAACCUCCUCACCAGCAACUAUGUCGAGGACGACGAGAAUAUGUUCCGGUUUAACUACUCCAAGGAGUUCCUCCGGUGGGCUCUCCGCCCCCCGGGCUACUUCAAGGCCUGGCACAUCGGCGUCCGUGUGAAGACCAGCAAAAAGCUCGUGGCUUUCAUCACUGGCGUGCCGGCGAGGAUCCGGGUGGGGGAUGACAUCGUUGGCAUGGCGGAGAUCAACUUUCUGUGCGUCCACAAGAAGCUGCGGUCGAAGAGGCUUGCACCUGUGAUGAUCAAGGAGGUAACCAGGAGGGUUCACCUCGAGAAUAUCUGGCAGGCGGCGUACACGGCCGGCGUGGUCCUCCCGACACCCGUCACGACUUGCCGGUACUGGCACCGGUCGCUGAACCCGAAGAAGCUCAUUGAUGUAGGGUUCUCCAGGCUUGGAGCACGGAUGACCAUGAGCCGGACAAUUAGGCUCUACAAGCUGCCUGAAUCCAUUGUGACCCCGGGAUUCCGGAAGAUGGAGCUCCGUGAUGUUCCAGCAGUCACCCGGUUGCUGAGGCAGUACUUGAGCCAGUUUGUGGUUGCACCUGAUUUUGAUGAGAAUGAUGUCGAACAUUGGCUUCUUCCAUUGGAGAAUGUGGUGGAUAGUUACUUGGUUGAGAACCCUGAGACACAUGAAGUCACAGACUUCUGCAGCUUCUACACCCUUCCUUCUUCAAUUCUCAGCAACCAGAACUACACGGUGUUGAAGGCUGCAUAUUCUUACUACAAUGUGUCGACGAAGACUCCUUUGCUUCAGCUCAUGAAUGAUGCACUUAUCGUGGCGAAACAGAUGGACUAUGAUGUCUUCAACGCUCUUGAUGUCAUGCACAAUGAGUCUUUCCUCAAGGAACUGAAGUUUGGGCCUGGGGAUGGGCAGCUACAUUACUAUCUAUAUAAUUAUCGAAUCAGGAAUGCUUUGAAACCAUCAGAGCUCGGACUUGUACUUCUGUAGGUUGCUCCUUAGGUCUUGGUUUUCUGGUGCGAACUUGCCUCAUCAUUUCCGUUGGUCCGUCUGAUUGCAAUGCCCUUGUUUACUAGCAAUUUUGCUUUUUGUGGUAAAUCUUCAUCUGAGUUCCACACAUUGAAACUUUCAAGCAUUUGUCAAUUCACGUUUAUAGCUUGCACAUUCAAUCUUGGGUAUGUGGUGGGGUUCUCAAUUUUAUUUUAUUUUUUUUUUUGUGCGUGUGUCUUUGUUUGAUUGCAAUUACCUGAAUUCAUGGAAGCUUUUACUGCUUAUUGUAAUUCCAAAUUGUUAUCUGGGGCUAUGAUAACCAGCAUGUCAUGUGGAACUUAUCAUAUGUUAAAACCUUGAACCUCCAUUGCUGGAAUUAUAGUAGGUUGACAUGUACUAAUUGUCAUCAUUCUUUA